AUGUCUUCCACCACUCACCUUCGGUCGUCCCCAUCAUGUCGGAUUCGAAUCGAACAUCGCCGCCGUUGGUGGAUUCACUGCCAACGAGAUUCAAGCGAUGGAGACGUUAAAAAAGUUGAUGAUUUUAAUUGGUGUGAAUUGAUGAGAAUACGCUCCGCAAAGAAUUCCGGAGAAUUCACUAUGGAGACCGGAAGAGUAUUCUGGAGAGGAAGAAUUCCGCAAAACGUUGAAUGA